AUGACUCCCUCCCCCCUGCCCCAUUCCUUUUCCACUCCAAAUUCGCAUUUGUGUGUACAGCUUUUAGAGCCAUUUCAAUGCUCUCUAGCUGAAAGGAUAUUUUCUUUUCGUGCCAAGAUCAAACACCAGAUCCCUUCAUUACCAAACACUUUUUCUCAAUACUCUAUGAGGCAAUGGUGCAUGACGAAGGGGUUACAAAUCAAAUCGUGGAUAUCAAAUGUCAAGUCAUAG